CUCAGGCAGAACCUCCAGAACCCUACGCCCCAGCCACUCACCGGAGAUGGCCGGCGGUGAUAUCCUGCUCCGCGCCCAUGGAGGACUCCCCGUCCUCGCGAGGGCUUCUCCCUGCCACCUCCGCCUCCGCGUUACAGCCAGCGUCCGCCGCAUCGCCGCUCCCCUGGCCGCCGCCAAGGUCGACAUCGCCGACGUCGUCAGCCAGCUCAGGUCGGGGAGCGCCCGCGGCGCCGCCGACCCCAAGAGGCAGCGGAGGGUCGCGGAGGACGGCCUAGGGUUCCCUAGGGUUGUCGCGGGCAGGAGAAGGGGCGUCCGCGAGGAGGAAGGGGAAGGGGAACCUCUGGGCUUCGAUGCGGAGAAGAGCGGGGGCGAGGCGGGAGGCGUGGAUGGCUCCUACCUCAGCGAGACAAGGUUUGAUCAAUGUGAUAUUUCUCCAUUUUCGUUGAAAGGCAUCAAAGAUGCUGGAUAUGGAAAGAUGACCCAGGUUCAGGAAGCAACUCUGCCAGUAAUCCUUCAAGGCAAAGAUGUUCUUGCAAAAGCGAAGACAGGGACAGGAAAAACCGUUGCCUUUUUGCUGCCAGCCAUUGAGGUUCUCUCUACAUUAUCCACUUCUCAGCGGACUCAGUUGCGGUCGUCUAUAAAUUGUCUUGUGAUGUGCCCUACUAGAGAACUGGCAAACCAAGUGGCUGUUGAGGCCAAAAAGCUUCUCAAGUAUCAUCGCUCCCUAGGUGUUCAGGUUGUAAUUGGUGGGACACGAAUAACUCAAGAGCAACGGAACUUGCAAGCUAACCCAUGUCAGAUUCUUGUUGCUACACCAGGAAGGCUUAAGGAUCAUCUUGAGAACACGCCAGGUUUUUCUACCCGGCUUAAAGGCGUGAAGGUUCUUGUUCUUGAUGAAGCUGACCGCCUACUGGAUAUGGGAUUCAGAAGAGAUAUUGAGAAAAUCAUGGCAGCCACUCCUAAAGAUCGACAGACACUGCUGUUUUCUGCUACUGUUCCAGAAGAGGUCCGGCAAAUUUGUCAUGUAGCAAUGAAGAAGGACUAUAAGUUCAUUAACACUGUUAAAGAGGGUGAUGAGGAGACACAUUCACAGGUUAGCCAGAUGUAUAUGGUUGCACCGCUAGAUCUGCAAUUUUCUAUAUUAUAUGAUGUAUUGAAGAAGCAUGUCUCAGAAGAUGCAGACUACAAAGUGAUUAUAUUCUGUACAACCGCAAUGGUCACAAAACUGGUUGCUGAAGUUCUCUCCCAGCUGAAACUGAAUAUAAGAGAGAUUCAUUCCAGAAAGUCACAAUCUGCGAGGACUAAGGUCUCAGAUGAAUUCAGAAGGUCAAAGGGUGUGAUACUAGUUAGCUCUGAUGUAUCAGCUCGUGGUGUUGAUUAUCCUGAUGUCACCCUUGUCAUACAGGUUGGGAUUCCUGCUGGUAGAGAACAGUAUAUACACAGAAUUGGUAGGACAGGACGGAAAGGCAAGGAAGGGCAGGGCCUCUUACUGUUGGCUCCCUGGGAAAGUCAUUUUCUUACUAGCGUUAAAGAUUUGUCAGUGUCAGAGGCUGUGACACCUUCAGUUGAUUCAAGCAUUCAAACGGAUGUGAAAGGUGCACUCAGAAGAGUAGAGAUGAAGACAAAGGAAUCAGCCUACCAGGCAUGGUUAGGGUACUACAACUCGAACAAGACCAUUGGCGGUAACAAGUCCAGGCUUGUUACUCUUGGUGAAGAGUUUAGCAGGAGCAUGGGGCUUGCUGUCCCACCAGCCAUACCCAAACUCAUUCUUCGGAAGAUGGGUCUCAGCAAGGUUCCUGGCUUUCGGUCUACAUAAUCUGAUCUCCACGGUCAAGCCGGACUUUUAUGCUAGAACAGACUACGACGGGACCAGCCAGAAUGCUCUUGGUCUGGUAAGCUAUUACUUUGCUCCUACUGUACCUCAGUGCUGCGGAUAUUGGGGAUUUGCAGAUUGAUCUGCCCGAGGGUGGUCAGAGCUUGAACAAUGAACACUAGGAUGACUUCCCUCCGAGUUCAGAAGUCUUUUUGAAGCCAAAUGUUGACCGAUUCGCUACCCACACAGGAUGGGUUCAGACAGACCCAUUGAUUCAUCAUGUAAAGCAACAGACUGAACAAUUUAGUGACCUGAUAGCCAUAUGUUCAGACCCAUUUUGACAAAUGUAUUUUGCAUUGUACCACAGGGCACCAGAUAGUUAGUACACCCAGUUGGUACGAUAUGUAUCAGCUAUAGUAUCAUAUUUCUAGCUGUUGUAUGGAAGCAGGAGUUUUUUUGUAAUAGGUAUUACACUGCAAUAGUGCAGCAGUGCCUGACUGCCUGCGGCUGGGUUUCGGAUCAGUGUGAUGUAGUGUGAAUCUCCUAAAAAUGCAUUUACCAGCAUACUCAGUUCCA